AUGAUGGCAUUAUGGGCGGCCGUCUUCACUGUCUUAGGACUCGCGAGUCUCGUAGCCGGUGCCGACAUUUCGCGCCCGGCGUUCUCGAUCAUUCUCAACGUCACCGGCUGGUCGCCCUUCAUGAUCGACACCGACAUCAACUGGGACAUGAACUCGGCCACUGGCGCCAUUACGGGCACAGCGAAGACGUGGAACACGUCCACGUUCGGCGGGCCCAACAUCCUUAGAAUGACGGGGACGCGGUUUGAACCGUUUGGCAUUGUCGAGGAUCUCGCCCCGGCAGAGACGACGAGGACCGCGGGGAAUUUCAGCUAUGUGUACCGACGCGGACUGGGGACUGGAGACUGGUUCACGAGGUGGUCGCUCCUGGAGCCGUUUCCGGAUGUGGGACCACUGGCGAAUCCGAACAACAUCGAGCUCGGGACGUACACCCUUCGCAUGCUGCCUAAGGCCAACACAACGGUGACGAUUAGUUACGUCGUCAUCGAGGUGCCUGUGCUCGCCAGUGCUCCGAACGAACAGGCUCUCAGAGAUCGAGCACAAACAGUGCGUGCCAUCGACGCCGGCCAGGUCAACAAGGCGUUCACGAUCCGGCAGUUCGAUUCGGACGCCUACGAGGAUCUCAUCCCGGACCGAAAGGUAGAGGGCAGCUUACCCGCCGCACCUGCCGAAUGGAAGAUAGGCGAAGACGCCCUCGAGCUCCUGGACUGGACAGAGAUGACAUACGACGUGCCCUCAAACACUUCCAUUGUCAAUGUGACGGGGCCGGUCUUCUACGAGCUCGGGGGCUGCUACGCCCGCCUCGAGCCUGAGCCGUGGUGGUGGAACAACGUGAUACCCUUGGCGUACCCCACGAAACCGGCGCAUCGGGCGGGCCAGACUCUCUUCUUCCUCCCCACAGAUCCCGCCGUCAAGUACAAGCUCGUCGUCGGAAGCAUGGGGGUGCAGUGCAUCGUUAGCGGCGUCACGACCUACGCCUACGACGACGCCCUGCCUUCUCAGACCGAUGCUACGGGCUCUCCCAUCUCAUCAAGCUCGGGAGGGUCUUCCGUCGACACUUCGAAGAAGUUGGGCGCAGGAGUUAUCGUUGGUGCCGUCAUCGGAGCAGUGGCAGGCGUGGCGCUGCUGGCUCUGGCUGGAGUGUACUGGGCUCGUCGCCGUCGAACACCCUCCUCGCAAAAGGGCAACCUUCAGUCUACGAACAAUGACUCCCAAUUCGAGGAAACGGAGGAGGUUCACAUCAUUAUACCUUACGGCCCUCUUCCCCGCCAGUCCAUCGACGGUGCCCAGCAUCCGCAACCCUUCCGUCCUCUGGGGUCCGAGGGCAUGGAGUCAGCUUCGCCUCUUCUUGCGGCUACGAAACCACACCUCGAGGCUACGGCGCAGAACCAAUCUACGGCUCCCCCAGUUCAGGCGAGUGCCCAUCAAGUCCGCCGUGCCGAGGACAUGGACGACGCCCUCCUCCCUCCUCAGUACCGGGAGGCGUGGAGCCGCCCACACUCUCACUCUGCAAGCAUUGAGGAUGUGACCGCCGUCACUAGAUAG